AUGGUAAGGAAGAACUUGGUCAACAAGUUCAACCAUUUGUUGAAAGAAGGAAAUGUGUAUAUUUUGAAGAAUUUCAAGGUGGUUGAGAAUUCUGGCGCCUUCAAGAUCAUUGACUCAAAAUUGAAGAUUAUGUUUACACUAUUAACCAAGGUGGAAAAAGUUGAUACCUAUGUUCCUUCUAUCCCUAUGCAUGGGUUCCAACAUGCAAGUGAGAAAACAGUUAAUGACCGUCUCAACGAUGACAACAUACUCACAGAUAUUAUUGGUUGUUUAACUGCUGUCGGAGAUGUUGAGACUGUGAAGGGUGGGUUUCGAAAAAGAGACUUGGAGAUUAUAUCGAAAUUCAAUGUCACAUGCAAAGUUACUUUAUGGGGAGCUCUUGGUGAAACUUUUGAUGAUUCUCAAUUCCAGCAAAAGUCGGGCGUCCUAAACUUUGCAACUUCAAGUGCAAGCAAAGUGUAUAUUAAUCUCAACGCCGAUUAUGUGCUGGCCUUGGCUGACAGAUUUGCUAAUGUUUGUCCUCGACUACACUUGGAGGUGUCUUCUGGUAAGGUGAAGAGAACGGUGGAAGAGGAGAUGUUUGAGAAUCGGAUGAACAUUCAACAACUGUUGCAGGCAGAGUGGAGCAACAAACCAAAAGGUUACAUCAUAACCAUCUUGGGAGUUAUUGAACAUAUUGAGACACAAUAUGGAUGGUUCUAUUUAGGUUGUCAAGGAUGUUGUAGAAAAGUCAAUCCUAUUGACGGUGUCUACAAAUGUGCUUCUUGCAAUGUUGCGUACAAGAAUGCUUUGACAUUGUUCAAGUUACAUUUGUCUGUUCGGGAUGACACCGGUGUUGUCAAUUGUGUUGUCUUUCACAAACUUGCUGAGAGGAUGGUAGACUAUUCUCCUUUGAAGCUGUUAAACAAAUCUGAUCCGGACAAGGACAACUUACCACGUGAAAUUACUUCCGUUUGUGGGCAAAAAUUUGUGUUCUGCCUGCAAUUAUCUGAU